GCAACUUCUCAAAUGUCAUCAACACCAUUUACAUCAGCGACUGCAAGAACUUCCAAUAUAGAAACGAUGUCAACAUCAGGUGCAACUUCUCCAUUGUCAACAACAUCAUUCACAUCACGAACAUCACCGUUGUCUUCGACAACAGCUAUUUCAGACACUACAACGAUUUCUCCAACCACCAUUACCUCAGAAUCAACAACUUCGAGCACUGAAUCUGUCUCAACAGCAGCAACGUCUCCAUUGUCAACAACACCGUUCACAUCUCCGAUUACACCUACGGCAGACACUGCAACGAUUUCCACAUCCACCAUUACCUCAGAAGCAACAACUGAAACGAUUUCAACAGCCGCAACAUCUCCAUUAUCAUUCACAUCACCAACAUCACUGUUGUCUUCGACAACAGCUAUUUCAGACACUUCAACAAUUUCUCCAUCUCCCAUUACCUCAGAAUCGACAACUUCAAGCACUGAAUCUGUCUCAACAGCAGCAACAACGUCUCCAUUGUCAACAACACCGUUCACAUCUCCGACUGCAACGUUUUAUUCCACAACACCUAUUUCAGACACAACAACUAUUUCUCCAUCCACCAUUACCUCAGAAGUGACAACUUCGAGCACUGAAUCUGUCACAACAGCAGCAUCAACUUCUCCAUUGUCAACAACACCAUUU